AUGACUAUCAGCAAUAAAAAAAGGCAGCAAUUACAGGCUCUUGAAAAGGCCAGGGCCAAUCAAAAACGUAUAAAAACAGCUCAUUUUGACAAUGAAGACAACAACAACAAAAGUGUAUUCAAGCCACUGGACUUGUACAAUGACUCUGAGACAUCACUCUGCAGACUAGGAGUGGAUGUAGUCUAUAUAGCCCCUGACCCCUGUGGCUCCGAACUGGAUCAUCCUCCAGCUUAUCCCAAUUCCCCCAAUUCUUUUGACUCUGACUCUUCUGAUUCUGAAGGAGAUUCCGACUCUGGCUCUAGCAGUGGAGAACUCCCAUGGGAACUUAGUUAUUACCGCCCACCAACUGUUGCCCAAGCGCAGACAGCACUUGCCACACUUGAUUCUGCACGCCGGACCCAACUUCCAUCAGGUGGAUACAAGUACAAAGACCUGGACCGGAUCACUGCUGAGCGAUACACUGCAAUACAAGCCUGUCUGAACCAAUUCCUUGAGGCUGAGCCAAAAGGAAAGAAAUUUAUUCAGGCAUCCAAGGAUGCAGCACGUAUGCAUAAUCGAAGAGAUACAUAUGCCCGAACAAUCCGUAAAUGGACCCGUCGACUCAUCAAUUAUGGUGACUUACCUGGGAAUAUCCAAGGUUGGUGGAAUGUAUCCACACUGGAGGAUGAGGAUGUGUCAUCUGCAAUCAGGCUUCACUUACAGAAAGCUGGGAAGUUGGCGGGUGCACAGGAUGUGGUGGACUUUCUGUCUGAUCCAGAGGUUCGGAAAACACUGGACAUCAAGAAAAAGAUUAGUCUUCGAACAGCACAACGCUGGCUCUCUUGGGCUGGUUUUUCUUGGCGAUCUGAACCUGUGGGCCAAUACUUUGACGGUCACGAACAACAAGAUGUAGUUGAAUACCAGCAAAAGGUAUACAUACCUUUCCUGAAGAAAAUCGAGCGGCGGCGAAUAAUUUAUAAUCGGGAUGGUGUUGAAGAUCCUACACAGUUUGGGUGGUUGCGUGGACCGAAUGGUGAAUCUGCGAGAGUAACAAUGUUUCCCGGGGGCGACAAAGAUGGAUGGUUUACAAACAACCGUGUCAUUCUUCAACUAGAGGAUGCUGUCAAAAUUGUCAACGAACACUUCCCCCAGUUCACUCACAUAUUUGUGUACGACAAUGCUCCUUUGCACACAAAACGCUCGCUUUCCUCACUUUCCGCUUAUGGAAUGCCCAAGGGUCCGCUUCUGGACUGGCCUUACUACAAGGACAAGGACGACAAACGCGUGUUUGUGAGAAUGGAGAAUGGUUUUCUCCCAGACGGCUCACCCCAGGAGUUCUAUGACCCAAACAAACCCAAUCGUUUCAAGGGAAUGUCUAGCUCAAAAAAGUUGAAGGAGAACGCACUAAAGGCAUUAGAAUCACCCCCAAUUUUAUCGAUGCGCAAGUUUGCUGCUCGUUCUCAACGUUUUGCCGAUGGAUAUGACCAUGGUAUGGACGGGUCCCAAGCUGCUGCGUGGGCUACAACAAUAUUCAAACAUCACCGAGAGACCCCAGCACAUAUUCCGUACGACGAGAUUGCUCCUAACUAUUUGGUCAGUAGGCCCCCGGACUAUGUUAACGACGAGAUGGCGCUUACAGCCCGGGCGACAGAGCCACCUACAUGGGGGUCAGAGAUUGUUCCAACUCUACGAAAACGCUUGGAGCAUGAGUCGCGAGCGCUGACAAAGCGAAUGUCGCAGACGUCACCGCUUGUGGACUUGCAGCAAAGGCCGGCGACGAGCCAGACGACGACGAACCACUACGAACGGCCGAGCCAUAUUCCGCGACCGAGUAUUCAGUCGACGGUGUCGUACGAGACCCCGAGACGACGACCCCGGACACACUCGACCCCGCGGCCGUUUGACCGCGACAUGCCCACUCCGGCGUCGUCCCGGCCAGCCUCUCCAGCGGUCACAGCCACCUCCCGCCCCUCACGCAUCCCUACCCGCCCUCGCGCAGGCUCUCGCCCAAUCCCAACCGAGUUCCCCCCGAGCCCAGACCCGUCACCUGACUUGUGGUCUGCUCCAGAGAAUGUCAUCCAUACCCAGCUCACUCCCCCUACCCCAGACCGCCCUGCCCACCGCCGCAAGCGCGAUACCUUUAUUCCACCGCCCCCAGACGCCAGCGAUGAGAUCCUAUUCGACGAGCCUGCCCCGUUUGCAGUCAACAACAACAGCCUAACAGGAAGAUCUUCCAUAGAAGAAUACGAACACUGGUACCGCGGAGAGGGACGAGGGGGCGGAGGGCGCAACGGAGGCCGCGGUGAAAUUCGCAUUGCGACUCGUACGGAGAUGCUCGAGAUUGCGUCCUUUGGCCAUCCUCCCUCCCGCAACGACUCGCGCGGACACUAUGGCGAGUUUGGAUGGCGCAGCAAGGCCUAUGACGACUCGACCGUUGGCACCCGGUUCCGAUGGCCUGACGAGAAUGAAGUCAGUGUACUUGACGAGGCUCCACUUACCGAUUUGGAAGACUUUGACACAGAUAGCUACAAUCCUGGCUCUCAAGAUGCGAGGAGCAUGGAAAUUCGUAGCAUCGAAUCUUAUCAACCACUUGAUGUACGGAGCGACGGGCAACCUACCCUCGAGGAUGCACGUAGCGUCGAGCUCGACCCGGAACCUGACGUGCGCCCCGAACCUGCCACUCCCGUCAAGCCCCCUCCCUCCCGCAUUGCACGGGCAACUUCUCCCCCCAUUGGACCAAGCACAUCCACUCCUUCGCUUAUUUCGCGCACGGGUCAAUCGCCUACACCUUCGAAACCCCGUUCGACCAAGGUUCAAUCUCCCGUGCCAAAGGCCCAAUCACCAUCCAAGAGCGUCCAAUCACCCAAGGGCGCACAGUCCCCCAAAGGCGCGCAAUCGCCCAAACCCAAAUCUACCGGCAGGUGCGGCACAAACGCCAGUACAGCGUCCAAAUCCCCCUCGCGGGCCGGCACGUCCCAACUAAGCCCGAAUCCCAACUCGACGCCCAAAACCCCUCGAAAAGGGGCUGCGUCCCCGGGUAGGAUUACUACCACGCCUUCACCGCGCACGAGGGUGCAAUCGACUGGUACCAAAUCCAAUGGCACCAAACGGACGAAAAAGCUUAGCACUGCGGGGAGUAGCCCUGGGCCGAGUUCGCCUCAUUCAUUGGCCGAUGCUAUCCCACAGAUAUUCCCCGAGCAGCAAAUACCAAACGACGGGAAUUGGGACGAUGUAGUCUUGCCGACUAUUGCGCGGAGGAUGCAGGGCGGAGACGUUGUCAUGCUCGAGCGAAAGCCGAUAGAAGAAGAACCUUUACCUCCCGCCCCUGGUACGUUUGGGUACCAGGAAAAGGAAAAGGCACGAAAAGAGCACGACGAGCGACGAAAUAGCGGGACCGAGUUUGAAGAGUUUGGUGGGUGGAACGGCAUGGCUAAGAAACCAGCGCCUGUCGAGAAACCAAAAGUGGUGGAAAAGGCAGAGGAGAGGAGAAACGCACCCAGCCCACCGCCAUUUUCAGACUAUACUCCCAUACCGCCCGUGGCCAAGCCUCCAGAGCCUAUACCUGCUCCUGUCCUGCAGCCGAUGACUAUUAUGGAAGCGGACCUACGUCAAGACGUUGCUGGUCGACCCAAGGACGACUCUCACGGCUCGGGAUGUUGCAAGUGUGUGGUCAUGUAA